AUGCCAUGGCCCAUUAUUGUAGCUGCAGUUGGUGGAGGCGUGUUGGCUGCUCGAUUUUUGUAUAGAAAGUAUCCAAACCUGCUCAAGUUCAGUUCAUCCAGUUUAAAGGGCAAACUAUCCAAGGAUGACAUUGCCAAUAACAUGGGAUCUAAGCUUUCUAGGUCAAGUUUAAGUGGUUUUGGACACCAAAUGUCAUUUUCUGAAGCUUGUAACAUUCUUAACGUAUCUUCUACAUCAACAAAGGAGCGUAUUCGCGAAUCUCACAAACAGCUCAUGAUGCGUAAUCAUCCGGAUAAUGGAGGAUCUACCUACUUAGCUUCCAAGGUAAACGAAGCAAAGGACUUUUUACUGAAGUAA